AUGAUAACUGGUGACGAUGAGGAUCAGACAGAGCUGAAUUAUCUCCAGUUUGACUUUUAUGGUUUAGGUCCAUAUUAUUAUUACCUAGAUACUUUAACGAUUGUCAGUAAGAAUCUUGAGCUAGAGUUGGUGAAAAUCCUAACAAUCCUCACAUAUAUUGACUUUUCAUGCAACAAUCUCGUUGGGCCUAUUCCUGAAGAAUUAGGAGCACUCAAAUUGUUAUAUGGUCUCAACUUGUCAAAUAAUGUCUUCACUGGCCGAAUCCCAUCAUCUUUGCGAAAGUUGAGUCAUCUUGAGUCACUAGACCUGUCAAGAAAUGAGCUUACAGGGGAGAUCCCUUUGCAACUCGCAGAUGGUCUUAUUUUUCUGUCAGUACUCAACCUUUCAUUCAACCGACUGUUUGGAAGGAUUCCACUGAUCAAGCAAUUUUCUACAUUUCCAGAAACUUCCUAUGAAGGGAAUCAAGGAUUAUGUGGUUUGCCUUGA